CGCAUAUGUAUACAUAAAAAAUAAAAUAAAAAAUUAGUUUUCUCCCUUUUUUUUUUCUCUCUUUUGGUAUUUCACCAUGAUGGACACAACACGUACACCUGUAUGGAUCUCAUUAGCUAAUGCACAACAACAACAACAACAACAAGAUACACUUACUACACAUUCAAGUGAGACAGACUUUUCUCAAAUCACUUCUAGUUCUAUUCAUACAGUACAAAAAUCUUGUUCAUCUCUUUCAUUAUCCAAACCACUUGUUCUUCAAUAUGAACAAAGACCAGAAAAGUUGCCAGAUAUUGCUCAAGAAAUGGAGAAGUGGUAUGCCAUGACUGAUAGAUAUGGAUUCUUAGCAGAGGAUGCAUCUAAAUCCAUUGCCAUAUCCAAAGAAAAAGAAGUAGAGAGAUCAGAGAAAUGGGCUGAUAUGGCAACACGCGUGAGGAUCCAUGAUGAGACACUGUAUGGAUUUAUACCUUCUUACAAGUUUAAAAAGAGAGUCUAUAAGGGCAUUCCAGACUGUUGGAGAAGAGAUGCAUGGUAUUAUCUAGUGACAGACUGUUUAAAGAAAGCAAAAGAUGAUGAUCAAUUAAAGCGAACCUAUCAACAAUUACUGCAAAAAGAGAAUACGCAUGAAAGACAGAUUGAUCUGGAUAUUCCAAGAACAUUAAGAGACCAUAUCAUGUUUAAACAGCGCUAUGGAUCAGGUCAACGUGCAUUAUUUAAUGUAUUACGAGCAUUUGCUAAUUAUGAUGAAGAGGUGGGUUACUGUCAAGGUAUGACAAAUAUUGUAGCCACUAUUUUGAUGUACUGUGAAGAAGAGAAAGCAUUUAGUAUACUUGUACAUAUGUUUAUACGGGAUAGUUUACAUCAUUUAUAUAUCCCUGGAUUCCCUGCACUUUUGGAAAGCUUCUUUAUUCAAGACACUCUACUACAGCAAUAUAUACCCAAAUUAUACCAUCAUUUAACACAAUUAGGUCUAUCCAGUGAUAUUUAUGCUACACGAUGGUAUAUUACUUUAUUUGCUGGUGGUGUCAUUCAAUAUCAUACACUCAUAAGAAUAUGGGAUGUGUAUUUCUUGUGUGGAUAUGAUAUCUUUUUCUUUGUUGCUGUUGCUUUGUUAAAGAUAUAUGAAGCCCGACUAUUGGCAUUGGAUUUGGAUGUGUGUAUGGAAACGCUAAGUUCUACUAUGUCUGUACCUGAUGACGAUCGAUUUAUGAGACAUAUAGAGAAACUAUACGAAAAGAACCAACGCUAUGGUACUGUUCAACGCCUUCGUAAAGCAUAUCAAUCCAAACAGACUUUUUCCUAAUAAACCAUUUCAUAAAGCAUGUUCGGUCCGGAGAAGAUGUGUCCGGUUGCUCUUUUGUCGGAAAUUGAACAACGGAUAAGCUUCCUUUGGGGAGAUGGACAAAAUAACUGAAAGAAGCUGCGAGCAUUAAGGUCCUCCUCUUAGCAUCCAUUUGAAAAGGUAGAGAUUCCUUAUCCAUCCAUACAAGCAAAUCAUGUUGAAUGUAUCACUCGAUCUAUUUACAGCUCCAGUGCUGAAUAUGAUUCGAGAAAAAGAGAAAGAGUGAAAGAGUGAUACAUUCCAUGGAUUAAAAGAAGAAUAUACUCAUGUGUUUAUUAGUCAACAAUGGUUACUCCUGCCGUGAAGCACACCAUCGUCAAGAAGCGCACUGCUCAAUUCAAGCGCCACCAAUCUAACCGCUUCAUGCGUGUUGGUGAAUCCUGGAGAAAGCCCAAGGGUAUC